UUCACUGAUCUGCGCGUGUGUUUCCGCGGAGCCGCGCGCGCACAGACGCACGAGUGUUCCUGGAGCUGCUUUAUGUCACGGCGUUGUUUUUGAUUUUUGAUUUAUUUAUUAUUAGUAUUAAUAUUACUAUUAAAUCCGUCCGAUUUAUUUUUGUUGUUGUUGUUGUGCAUGCACUCAAAGGAAAAAAGGAAAACCUGAGGACACCGGACGAAGCCGCUGCUUCUUCAUUGAGUCUGCAGGGAAGGAGCGCGCGCGAUGCGGCCGCGCCGCCGGAGACACGGUGAGCGAGCCGGGGAUAUGUGCGCGUGAUAGAGAAAAACAAGGAAACAAACAAACAAACAACUGGGAUUGUUUUUUUUUCACGUGCAUUUUGUUAACUCAAAUAUUCAGUUUUUUUUUUUUUACACAUUGGACUUGCGGCGCUUGGAGACAAACCCGAAGGUGCAGGAACGCGCGGUUUUGGGUUCAAUAUACGUAUUUUCCGCGCUCACCUGGGUACUGAAUUUAUUGUGCAAAAAAGAAAAAUAUAAACAAUUUACAUAUUAACACGUUUUUCCUAACGAUCCUAUCAUUCAUUUUUGCGCGCUCGAGCCGUGGAAGUUGAUCGUGGGGCGCGCGCGCGCUGUAAUCAUUAAUCAGUGGUUAAAGGUUUGGGAAAAGAAAAAAAAAAAACCUUCGAGCAGAUGAGAGAACCUCACGGAACAGACUGAACGCACCAAGUGGGGUUUUUUGGACCACCAUCCAUCCAUCUAUCCAUUCAUCCAUCCAUCCAUCCAGAGUCCAUCCACCUGGGCAGUCUGUAUAUCAAUAUAUAUAGAGAGAAAUAUAAGGGGAUUGUAGGAAGUGGAAUUUGGUUUGACCUUGAUUGUGCUUGGAAGUUUACACACCUGUAGCACGAUAGAAGAACACACACACAUAUACAAGGAGACACCCUAGUGGCGUACCCCCAUCCCCAUCUUGAGCUUAGUCGAGUUUCAGCAUCUCGCACCUGUAUUGGCCAAUCAAUAGAAGGGAGCGGAAAAGGGGUGGGGCCAUGUGGGCGCUUCGGAUGCUCCUAUUGGCCAGCCUGCUGGGCCCUGCGGCUUUGGCAUUUAGCCGUGCCCCCGUGCCCAUGGCCGUUGUCCGGAGAGAGCUAUCAUGUGAGAGUUACCCCAUCGAGCUGCGAUGUCCAGGCACUGACGUCAUCAUGAUCGAGAGCGCCAACUACGGACGCACGGAUGACAAGAUCUGCGACGCAGACCCUGCGCAGAUGGAGAACACGCGCUGCUACCUUCCAGACGCUUACAAGAUCAUGAGCCAGAGAUGUAAUAACAGGACACAGUGCGCCGUCGUAGCUGGUCCCGAUGCGUUUCCAGACCCCUGCCCGGGAACCUACAAAUACUUAGAAGUCCAGUACGAGUGUGUGCCAUACAAAGUGGAACAGAAAGUCUUCCUGUGUCCAGGCCUCCUGAGGGGUGUGUACCAAAGCGAGCACUUGUUCGAGUCUGAUCACCAGUCAGGAGCGUGGUGUAAAGACCCUCUGCAGGCCUCGGAGAAGAUCUACUAUAUGCCGUGGACGCCGUACCGCACAGACACCCUCACCGAGUACUCCAGCAAAGAGGACUUUAUCGCAGGACGACCCACAACCACGUACAAACUCCCCCACCGGGUGGACGGCACAGGCUUCGUAGUUUACGAUGGCGCGCUCUUCUUUAACAAAGAGCGCACAAGGAACAUUGUCAAGUUUGACCUGCGGACGCGCAUCAAGAGCGGCGAGGCUAUUAUCGCCGGUGCCAACUACCACGACACGUCACCCUACCGCUGGGGUGGAAAGUCUGACCUGGACCUGGCUGUUGAUGAGAAUGGACUGUGGGUGAUCUACGCUACUGAGCAGAACAGUGGACGCAUCGUGGUCAGCCAGCUGAACCCCUACACGUUGCGUGUGGAAGGUACCUGGGACACCGCCUACGAUAAGCGCUCGGCCUCCAACGCGUUCAUGAUCUGUGGUGUGCUCUAUGUGCUCCGGAGCGUCUAUGAGGAUGAUGACAGCGAGUCCACAGGCAACAAGAUCGACUACAUUUACAACACAGAGCUCUCUAAAGAUGGCUUCCUAGAAAUCCCAUUUCCUAACUCUUACCAAUACAUAGCUGCCGUUGAUUACAACCCGAGGGACAACCUGCUCUACGUCUGGAAUAACUACCAUGUGGUUAAAUACUCGUUGGAUUUCGGAGCACUUGACACUCGACUAGAGACAUCUUCGUCGGUUCACGUCCUCAUGGACACCACCACCACCAGGACGACCACCCGGCCAACUACAGUGUCCACAGCUACCACCUCAACCACUACGACCACCAUCUCUAGCACUACCAGAUCUCCGUCUCUGAGCGUGUUAACUCCGAGGGCGCACACCACCACUGUCGAACUCCGACCGCCAAGCGGUUCCGGGCCCCUUUUCAGCACACGCCCACCGCCUUCCUCCGUCCUGCCCAACAAUGCCGCGGAGUUCUGUAACCCUACUGUCGAGGCAGACCUUACAUGGCCAAAAACUCGGCAAGGCCUCACCGCUACACAGCCAUGCCCUUUUGGAACGAUAGGCAAUGCCUCGUUUGCUUGCAUGGGUCCCGAAGGCCUGUGGGAUCUACAAGGUCCUGAUCUUAGCAACUGCACUUCAGCUUGGGUUAACAUCAUUAACCAGAAGAUCCGAGCUGGCGAGCCAGCGGCCAUCAUCUCACGCGAGCUAUCCGAACAGACCAAGAACCGCAUCCACUCCGGAGACAUCACGUACACAGUGCGAGCUUUGGGUCAGCUGGUGGACCUGCUAGACGUCCAGCUGCGCAAUCUCACACCCGGGGGCAAAGACAGCGCCGCUCGCAGUCUCAAUAAGCUGCAGAAAAGGGAGCGCUCCUGCCGCUUCUUUGUACAGGCGAUGGUGGAGACGGUGAAUAACCUGCUGCAGCCUCAGGCACACACGGCCUGGAGAGCGUUGUCAGCAGGAGAGCAGUUGCGCGCCGCCACCAUGCUGCUGGACACGGUGGAGCAGGGGGCUUUCGUGCUGGCUGACAAUCUGCUCAAAACCGACGUUGUCCAGGAAAACACCAACAACAUCCAGCUGGAGGUGGCUCGGAUGAGCACAGAUGGCAACCUCCCAGAUUUGAAGUUUCCUCAGACUGGAGACCAAAGCAACUCCAUCCACCUGUCUGCCAACACCCUUAAACAACAUGGCAGGAACGGUGAAAUACGUAUGGCAUUUGUGCUUUACAAGCACCUGGGCACGUACCUGUCUACUGAAAACGCCAGCAUGAAGUUCAGCAGCGAGGCUCUCAGCACCAACUACACCGUCAUCGUCAACUCGCCCAUCAUAACGGCGGCAAUCAACAAGGACAGCAAUAAAGUGUACUUGUCGGACCCUGUCGUAUUCACAGUUCGCCACAUCCAACAGUCGGAGGAGAACUUCAACCCAAACUGCUCGUUCUGGAGCUACUCCAAGCGCAGCAUGACAGGCUUCUGGUCUACACAAGACUGCCGUCUUCUUGCUACCAACCGCACGCACACCACCUGCUCCUGCACACACCUGACCAACUUUGCUGUGCUCAUGGCCCACGUCGACGUCAAGACUGCAGACCCGGUGCAUGACCUGUUGUUGAAUAUGAUUACAUGGGUGGGCAUCCUGCUCUCGUUGGUCUGCCUGCUCAUCUGCAUCUUCACCUUCUGCUUCUUCCGAGGCCUGCAGAGCGACCGCAACACCAUCCACAAGAACUUGUGCAUUUCUCUGUUCAUCGCCGAGACGCUCUUCUUGACCGGAAUCAAUCGCACUGACCAGCCUAUCAUGUGCGCUGUAUUCGCCGCCCUGCUGCAUUUCUUCUUCCUGGCUGCGUUCACGUGGAUGUUUCUGGAAGGUGUGCAGCUCUACAUCAUGCUGGUUGAGGUGUUUGAGAGCGAGCACUCACGCAAACGCUACUUCUACCUGGCCGGUUACGGGAUCCCGGCUCUCGUCGUGGCUGUUUCUGCUGCUGUGGACUACAGGAGCUAUGGCACAGAGAGAGUGUGCUGGUUGCGUCUGGACACGUAUUUCAUUUGGAGUUUUAUUGGUCCUGCCACUCUAAUCAUUAUGCUGAAUGUUAUCUUCCUGGGCAUCGCCUUGUACAAAAUGUUCCACCACACAGCCAUCUUGAAGCCCGACUCUGGUUGCCUGGACAACAUAAAAUCAUGGGUGAUCGGUGCAAUAGCUUUGCUCUGUUUGCUGGGUCUGACCUGGGCAUUUGGACUCAUGUAUGUCAACGAGAACACGGUCAUCAUGGCCUACCUCUUUACCAUCUUCAACUCGCUCCAGGGCAUGUUCAUCUUCAUCUUCCACUGCGUGCUGCAGAAAAAGGUACGUAAAGAGUACGGCAAGUGUUUGAGGACCCACUGCUACAGCGGGAAGAGCGUGGAUUCCUCAAUGGGCUCAAGCAAAAGCUCAGGCACUCGCGCACCCGGGCGCUACUCCUCCAGCUCACAGGUCCACCACCAGCCUUGUAUGACAAACUGCUCACAGUUACAGUAUGAACAAAGUCGGAUUCGUCGGAUGUGGAACGAUACGGUGCGGAAGCAGUCAGAAUCAUCCUUUAUCACCGGAGACAUCAACAGCUCUGCUACCAUCAACAGAGGUGCUAUGGCCAAUCAUCUCAUCUCAAAUGCUCUGCUGCGACCGCACGGUUCAAACAACCCCUAUAACACUUUAGUGGGCGACGCGACCGUGUAUAACAACCCCACUCUGAGCAUGUACAACACACAAGACCCCUACAGAGAGACAAAGGGAAUCUUGAACAAUGCCCGGGAUACAAGUGUCAUGGAUACUCUACCACUGAAUGGUAACCAUGGCAACAGCUACGGUUUGGCGGGCGCCGAUUACCUUAGCGAGUGCGUGCAAAUGAUGGAGCGCGGCGGCUACGGCGUCCCGCAUGCCACGCACCCGCACACCCCGCUGGAGAAACGCAUCCUCCAAGAGCUCACCUCUAACUACCUGCCCCCAUACCUGAACAACCAUGAACACAACAACCUCGUCAACAAGCUCGUCAACAAUGUCAGCAACAUCAGCAACGUCACUCACGUGAGCAACAUUGCCAACAUGAGUAACGUCAGCAACAUGAGCAACCUCGCCAACGUGAGCAACCUGGCUAACAUGAGUAAUCUCAGUAACAUGAAUAAUAAUGGAACUGUGGGUGGUGGGCGGGGCAAAGAUGCCUCGGCUCCUCCUCUCAGCCUCACGCUGGACUUGGAUGACUCUCCAGCCUUCAUCCCUGAUGAGAGCUUGGGCCUCGAAUUGAUCCGCGACGAAUCUGACACCCCGUUGUUACCCCAGCAGCGGCCGAGCCAUCACCCCCAACCUCGACCAUCCUUCGGCUCCACCUCCUCCUCGUCUCGCCGCCGCCUCCCACAGGAAAACAGUGACAGUUUUUUUCCACUGCUGACCGAGGAGCAGGGCGAUGAAACGCCCUCUCCAAGGAGAGACUCUACCAGCCAAGAGCGGUCUGACACACAUACGUUGCCACGCAGUGGAGGAGGAGGAGGAGGAGGAGCAGGUGAGGAUGCACGUGAGCCCACAGAGAGCGAUGACGUGUACUACAAGAGCAUGCCUAACCUAGGCUCCAAGAACCAUCUGCACCAGCUGCACUCUUACUACCACCUAGGCCGAGGUAGCAGCGAUGGCUUCAUCGGUCCAGCCAAUAAGGACGAGGCUCCACCCACUGAAACCCCCCAAGAGCCUGCCCAGCUCGUCACCAGCCUAUAGAGGACCACAAGACCAACACCUUCACAUACACACAGACACACACACACACACACAGACACACGCAAAACAUGAUAUGUUGGUGGUAUCCACGUGUCAUUCCUUACAUCAUUUCCGCCGCUUUUCCGUACUGGUCAAUCGUCCGCAGUCGUAGACAUUUCUUUUAUGUGUUCCUAAAAAAAAAAAGAGGAAGAAAUAAACGAGGAGAUUUUUGUAUUCUGACAGAUUGGACUGAAGGAUUGGAGAUGUCUGGCCUCAGACAUGAUGUUUGUUUUUUUUGUUUUUUUUAGUGUGCGGUUUCAUUUCCCACAGACAGACAGAGAACACUAAGUGGAUAAUGGAUUCCCGUGUUAUUUAGUGGGAGAAAUGAGAAAGAAAAGAGACUUUUUGAUGGAUUUUCAAAAAAAAAAAAAAAAAACUUAAAAAAAAAAAAAAAAAAAAGAAAGAAAAAUAAAGACUGAAACACUGAGGCGGCGCGUAGCCAAACAAAUCAAAUCGGAUGGAGGAAAAAAAACACUACAAAAGACUAUUUUAAUACACUUCUUUAACUGACAUCCCGCUUUUUAAAUGUUUCUCCUUCCUGUGCGAUGAGUCCGAUACAGUCGUCCCAAUACGUGGAGUGGAUAAAAAAAAGAAAAAGAAAUGUGCAUUUUUGAAACUUUCUUGCAAAGGAUUGACUUUGCCAUAAGGCACUUUGUUCAGUUCCAUUACAUUUAAUUUCUUUUUUUUUUUUGCCGUAUUAAUAACAAAUAUUCAAAAAAAAAGAGGAGGGGAAAGAACUAAUAUUGCAGAGAAUUAUAAGAUAUUUCUAUGUAAAUGUACAGCUACUAGCAUUACAGUCUGCAGUCUGCUUUUUUUUUCCGUUCCUCUGUAAGCGUGGUGAUUUAGAAUCAGUUCAGUUUCUCUCCUGACGCUCUCGGUCCAGACUGCACUUCUGCUCUUACGCACCGUUUGAUUUAUACAUUACAAUUUAGUAGCAGCAAUUAAUGGGACCACAGAAAAAACAAAACAGUUCCUGAUUGUCAUUUUAAGAAUGUAACCAGAUUUUUUUUUGUCCCCCCAGUACUUUAAUUUGUUUUAUUUUUAUCUUCAUUGUAUAGAUAAAAACUGAUCAGCAUUGUGGGCCAGAGGUGAUGAAGACAGACCUCCACGUUUAUGCGCACUAGGCACUUGUAUAAAAUGACGAGGGAUGUUUGACAUAUUAAAAGCUUAAUAUUCAAUAUGCAGUAAGAAGGUGAAAGAACCUGUUUCAUUUCAGCUGGGUAAUAAAAGUAUAUAAAUAUAUAUAUUUCUUUCAAGACAUCCACGGUCUCUCACUUCAGUCACCUUUGUUUUUCGCAAAAAAUUGACCAUCUUUUAUUUAUUGUUUUUUUUCUCCUCUGUUUUAUAUCGAUUUUUUUUUUUUUUUAUCAAACUGAAUCAAUGACCUCCUGACUAAUAUUUGUUGUACCAGUGAAACUUGUUUGCCAACAAAUAAAUUACUGCUUAAGACUGAA